AACUCGCGGGCACGCACGGCGCUCGCACGGCCGAGGGACUCGGGGGAGGGGACGCGCGGGAGGCGCCAGCUGCGCUCGCCUGGCUCCUGCGAGCGGCCCGCCGAGGUUGCAUGCACCCGGGGCCCUGAGCCGGGCAGAGCCGAGCUGCGGCGGCAUUUGCUUCCCUUUUCUCUCCCGGCCGAGGUCUGGAGAGACUUGGGGACUGGCCCUAAAAAAAGAGCAGGAAAUCUUGUUUACCGCCCGGGGAGAGGAGCCGAUCAAGCCUUUGUUUGGAAAGUCAGCAUCGCGGGCUCCCGCUGCAAUGUGUUCCUGGUGACAUUAGUGCAGGGUAGACCGGCCGGACGAGGGGGGUCGCCAGGUUCAGCUUUGCUUUCGGAGGAAGACCGAGCGGGUGACUUGUGUGCAUUUGUUUGGAUUUGUGGAAAUCUUAUUUAUUUUUGCCUCCCUCGCUGGCUGCCGGGCAUGUCCUGAUCUGGUGGCCGCGCCUACCAGCCGGGUGCUACCGAUCCGAGCUUUCUCUCCCGGGUCUCCCUCCCUCAGUCCCUGACUUUGCAAUACCGCGUUCCUGGGAGCAGCGAUCUCCGCGAGCCAGAAGGACGGGGAGCCACCGACACCGGGACCCAAACCUUGACAUGCUCUGGGGCAGACCCGAGGCAGCCAGAAGCUGAGCGCACGGCCGGGGCUGCCGCUCCCGCCGGCUCCGAGCGUCCUGCCCUCCGCCUGGGUGCCAGCCUCGAUCAUCUGCUGGGACACCCCCUGCUUUUCCGGGGGUCCGCGGCCGGCAGGACCAUGUUGCUGAAGGAAUACCGAAUCUGCAUGCCGCUCACCGUGGACGAGUACAAAAUUGGACAGCUGUACAUGAUCAGCAAACAUAGCCAUGAACAGAGCGACCGGGGAGAAGGGGUGGAGGUUGUACAGAACGAGCCCUUCGAGGACCCUCACCAUGGCAACGGGCAGUUCACUGAGAAGAGAGUCUAUCUCAACAGCAAACUUCCUAGUUGGGCUAGAGCUGUUGUCCCCAAAAUAUUUUAUGUGACUGAGAAGGCUUGGAACUAUUAUCCCUACACAAUUACAGAAUACACAUGCUCCUUCCUGCCAAAGUUCUCCAUUCACAUAGAAACCAAGUAUGAGGACAACAAAGGAAGCAACGACACCAUUUUUGACAAUGAAGCCAAAGACCUUGAAAGAGAAGUUUGCUUUAUUGAUAUCGCCUGUGAUGAAAUUCCAGAACGUUACUAUAAAGAAUCUGAGGAUCCUAAACACUUCAGGUCAGAGAAGACAGGCCGGGGACAGCUAAGGGAGGGCUGGAGAGAUAGCCAUCAGCCCAUCAUGUGCUCCUACAAGCUGGUGACUGUGAAGUUCGAGGUCUGGGGCCUUCAGACCAGAGUGGAACAAUUUGUACACAAGGUGGUCCGAGACAUUCUUCUGAUUGGACACAGACAGGCUUUUGCAUGGGUUGAUGAGUGGUACGAUAUGACAAUGGAUGAUGUUCGGGAAUACGAGAAAAACAUGCAUGAACAAACCAACAUAAAAGUUUGCAAUCAGCACUCCUCUACUGUGGAUGACAUAGAGAGCCAUGCCCAGACAAGUACAUGACAAUGGAUGAAGUCCGAGAAUUCGAACGAGCCACUCAGGAAGCCACCAAUAAGAAAAUCGGCGUUUUCCCACCCGCCAUCUCCAUCUCAAGCAUCUCCCUGCUGCCCUCCUCGGUGCGCAGCGCCCCAUCCAGCGCCCCAUCCACCCCUCUCUCCACCGACGCGCCAGAAUUUCUGUCCAUUCCCAAAGACCGGCCUCGGAAAAAGUCUGCUCCAGAGACUCUCACGCUUCCAGACCCUGAGAAAAAAGCCACCCUGAAUUUACCUGGUGUGCACUCUUCAGAUAAGCCAUGUCGACCCAAACCAGAGUAACUUCAUGUGACCAUCCCGUGGGGUUUUAUAUUUUCAUUUGGAGUGGUUUUUUUUUGUUUUGUUUUUUGUUUUUAAGAAUCUUCUAAUAUAGGAAAAGACUGCCUCGUCACUCAGACACGUUCUUUGAUCUCCGAGUGUGCAUGUGGUUAAGUAAUUUCACAAAUAAUAAGAAUCCCCUGCAUAUGCCACAUAGCAUCAUAGUAAAUGUGAGACUUAGAAACAAACAGGAGGGGUUGGGGGUGGAGCUCCGUGGAUAGAGUGCCUGCCUAGCAUGCAUGAAGCUCCAGGUCCCAUCCCCAGCACUGCAUAAACCAAGCAUGGUGGCGCUCACCUACAGCGCCAGCACUCAGGAGGUGGAGGCAGGAGGAUCAGAAGUUCAAGGCCAACCUCAGCUACAUACAGUUUGAGGCCAACCUGGGCUGCAUUAGCUCCUGUCAAAAAAACAAAAAUAAAAAUAAUAAAAACAGAAUCUGCUGUAGCCUCAGCUGUGGGCCAGGGAGGAAGCCUUGUUAUUAGGCCCUUAAUGAGGUUGGCAAGGAAUUCAAGGGUAAAUAGGUAAAUAGAUAGAAAUAAGAUGUAGCUUUGUUGCAAGGUGUGGUAAGAUAACAAAGUCAAUUUCCUCCCAUCAAACCUGAAAUUCUCAACAACAACAACACUCUCAGGUGCCCCAUGCCUAAUUGUCAAUUUUAGACUGCUGACCACCAAUACUUGAAUUCCAGUUGUUACUAAGAUUCCUAUUUUGGUUAGUCUGACUCAGGAUUUGGGGCCUAUUUAACUCUUUAAAUUUUUGAACAUUUUAAUUACCGACUUCUAGAGGCUCCGAGUACAAUUAAUGAUAAUGUCUUUAUACCUUUACCAGAAUUUAAUAAAGACUCCACCUCUUUCUGUCUUUUAAAACGUCCCCCUUUCUGCCCUGGUGGCCUCAGAAAUCAAGGAUUUCACAGAUGACUGUGACUUCUAGCUGAUAUACUGUGGGAUGGUUUAGCGGAGAAACCAAGAGUCCCCGGUGAGACAAUCAUCCUUUUCUCUACAGGUGCCAACAAACCUUGGCUUGUCAGCUUCCAUCAUCCAUUAAGAAUCUAAAUUAACUGAAUAGAAUUCACUGACUGUCUGCCCACACGAAGAGGUUGAGGGUGGACUAAGCUAAUGGGCUUUACCACUAUCUGAGUGUCUGGUGUAUGAACCCUGCAAAAGAGAAUCCUCCCCACUGGUUUUAUUCUUAAUAACAUCUGGACUUCCCUGGAAUGGGUUGCCCAUCAGCAGACUUUAGAAAAGACUAUCAUUUCCUUGAAAUUCAAAUACUGGGGACUGGGGUAUAGCUCAGUAGUAGAGAACUUGCCUAACUUCCCUAAUACUACAAAAAGAGGAAACGGGGAAUUCAGUAAAUACUGCCAAGUGGGAGGAGACAGCCAGCAGAAUUGUUGGUUCCUGUUUGUACACAGGAGUGGUCAUCAGUGCCCCUCUGUCUUUCAUUUCUGCGAGGCUGGGGGAGAAUGGAAGUUAGAAUCAAGGUUGACAGCUGGCAAGACCAUUCAUCAAAGUAGCAGAAUGAGAGAAAUCUGUCACUGUUGUACCUCACUGCCUUUAAACCCAGAAAGGAGGUCAAGUAGUCUCAGUGUUGAACAAGACAGAACUGGGCAACCCAAGCCCACACGCUAGCUAGCCUUCGUGACUGUGACCUCCAACCUCAGGAAAGGGAACAUCCCCCAACACGGAUUCCAAAGGAAACAAAAUAGACCAAGGAGUGUAUUCUCCUUUCCCCACACCACCCAGCCAGUGGACCCUGCUGCUUCCUCCUGAGUACUCCACACUGCAAUGUCUCUGGGGUCCAUACCCUCUCCCAAGGUGCAGGCCCUGGCCCCAUGAACCCAGCACCAAAGUGCUUAGAGUGUCUAAUCAUUUCUUUAUCUCUAGUUGGACAUGUAGCUUAAGAGAAAAAGCACCCAGUACUCAAGGGAAAGCGAUUACAAAUAGCUUAGAUCAACAGCGCAUCUUUUCUUAAGAAUGAUAGUAUUGUAUUGUAGCAGGAUGCUUUCUUUGCAUGGUAUGGAAGCAUGAAUCUUGCUCGUGGGAAAACGUAAUCUUUUAUCAAACCCUUUGGACUUCCCAGUGGCUCCCUCUCUGCACAGCUGUAUUCAAUGACAAUGUUUGGCUUUAAAAAGCAAAAUUCCACUUUCAGAAGAUGGAGCUCCUGUAUGUAUCUGCUUACCAUUUGCAAGCUGAAUCAGGCUGGGGUGGGCUUGUUUAUUUUCACAUAGAACAAACUUCUUUUGUGCAGAUUGUUAACCCAUCUGGCACCUGGUUUUCCCAUUAAUACUGUGCUAUUUUCCCUUUUCUACAAUAGCGUCAGCAAUUCAACAUGCUUUAGAAAGUUACUUUCUGAUUUCCGUUUUGUGAGUUGCUUUUAUAGUCUGUUCAGUACUUUGGACAUCAAACGCAGCGUGACCUAUGGUAGUGUGAUUCUUAACCAACACGUGUGUGUGCUUAAAAUGUGUUCAGUUUUUCUGUCUACACGUAGUUUAUGUGUGUUACAAAUAAGGGAGGGGCAGGGUUCCAGAUAAUUGCUUUAGCUGCAUUGAAUAUUUAAUCCAGUCAUCACAAAGCAUAAGCUACUUCAAUACUUCAUAAAUCUUGAUUUCCGAGUAUUGUUUGACUUUGUCCAUACGUGGGUCUGUUUUUGUGGGAUACAAGCCUGCGAUGAAUGUGUAUAUAGAACAUUGAGAAUUCUUAGAAGGAUGGAAAUGAAAUGACUGCAUGAUGGAAAUUUAGAAAGACAAAAAAAAAGAUGAAACUUGAAUUCGCUAAGCAUGUUUGAGGGGAAAAUAGAAUCUUUAACUCAGUGCCUCUGUCUGCCAUGUGGAAACCUUCAACUUUGUUCACCAAAAUUGUAUUAUACCUGUAUAUAUUUAUAUAUAUAUAAAACAUAGUAUAAUGAGUUACACACACCGCCAAUUUUAAGUCUCUGGUAGCCAAAUGGACGAAAGUAACCCAUAGAAUAGAACAUGUGUUUACUCCCUCUUCAUCUCUGAUGUCAGUGGACACCAUGACGAUGACCACACGUUUUUAUUUCGGGUGGCUUUUGGAUAGGAAACCUCCCCUGUGCUAGUGUUGGAUGUAGCACUGAAUCGUUGCUUUGACUACUUUUCUGGGAUAAGGAGGUCUGCAUGUUCUUACUGCGUAAUUUGUCAGGAAUGACCUCUGAAGAUCACUUCCUUUCAAGCUGUUGUAAGAUUAAAGCAAAGAGAAAGAGUAACCAGGAAGCAGGCUGUGAUGCAUUUAGCUGCCACCAUUACAGAGUAAACUGUAUCCAUUCAUUGAUAAACUGCCUUUGCAUCCAUGUGUGGGGAAAGUUGUUUUAACUUAUUUAUAGGUACAUAGUAGCCAUGUUUGGGAGUGUGGAAAUAAAUUAACUCAAUUGUGGACAUGGGUAAUAAAGACAUGGAAAUUAAAACCCAGGCUGGUGAAAUGGGUCAGUGGGUAAAGUCCCGUGCCACUGAGCUUUAUGACCUGAGUUCAAUCCCCAGGUCCCAUAUGGUAGGAGAGAACUGACUCCUGUAAGUUGUCUUCUGAUCGCCACAUGUGUGCAGCGGUAUGCACACGCCCCUCCCCAAUAAAUUAACACAUGUAAUUUUUAAUUUUUAAAUAAAAAACAACACCAGUAACACCCCCAAAGUAAUUAUGUAGACUUUAAUUCCAGCACUUGGAAGGCAGAGGCAGGUGAGUUUGAGGCCAGCUUGGCCUAUAUAGUGAGUUCCAGGCCAGCUGGGACUACAUAAUGAGACCCUGUCUCAAAAAGGCAAUUAUGUGGUUUUCUUUGAAGGCAUUGUUAGAAACAGUGAGCUAAGAGACAUCUUGAUAAACCAUUUUUCAGUGACGUUUCAGAGCGGAUGUAUUUGUGCAUACUUUUAAAUUUCACUUUCUGUAGCUCAGAGACAAGGUAAUGGGUUGCUGGCUGCCUUAGAUCAAUAGGAAUUUUAUUUUUGAGAAAGGCCAGCAUAAAAUUGACUGUGGUUAAAAUCCAUAACCACAUAAUCCAAUAGAGAGGAACUGUCUGAUGGUCUCAGUAUUUUUCUGACAUCUGAUCAGGAGGCUAGAUGACAAUCCACCCUGUGAGCCAUAGUUCUUAACAAUUCAAAUCAAGAAUUCCGUCCUUGCCUGUAAGUCAAAACUAGAGUGUCACACAGGAGCGCAGCAUUGGGAUGCUGACGUGACACACUGGAUUCUUCCCUGUCCUACCUUCAAAAUGAUCCAUUUGCAUUUGAUAUCUAAGUGUUUAAGCUUUGUAGGAGUUCAUACAGUAAGACAACGUGAAUGUGUGGAGAACUUUGCCAUUCUUAACUAUAGUAUUGUCAUCCUGAUUAACAAACGCUGUAGGAAAAGCCUCUCUGUGAUUUGGCUUUCAAGUUGAAACUCUCUGUUGAAUUGCCUGUCUCCCCCUUCACAUUUUUGUGUGUCGCUGGAGAGAAAAGAGGUUCUUUUCAAUUGAUGUUAUCUGUGUGCCACCGCUUCAAGUGUCAUUGUAAUGUUUACAUUUUUGAGCUGAGAUCUUGAUUGGUUGACUUAGUCAAAACACCACUGCCACUGCUUAAAGGACCAAGAGUUGGAACACAGUGUGACGGACAACAAGCGAAGCAAGUGGAAGUUGAUCCUCCCAUGUCUCCCUCUGUGUCAUUUUAUGGCUGUACUAUGUUGCCGACCGUUAUUUAUUAUUGUUAAUAACUUACUUUUCUUACAUUCAGUUGUAAAUAAAGUACAAAGCAAUCUUCUUUCCAA